UUUGAAGUACAGUAUUGGACUUUCUAGCAACUGGAAUGAACACUUUUCAAUACUUUUGAAUACCCAGGGAGUGAAGCUCUGUUAGCAAAAAUCUGAUUUUCCCUUGAUAUUCUGAAAAAGUGAACAUAUUUGUAUGUCCAAAUUACAGUAUUUUUCAGACACACACAACAGACACACACAGAGAAAAAUGUGGCACUUUUUAAUCAGCCUGUUAAAUUCCUGGAGUGCAAUGUGUAUUAAAAUGAAUCAUAGUCUGAAAAUCAAUUCAGCAUUGAUAAAAAAAAUAUUACAAGGCACAACUUAAUCAAAAGUUUUAUUUUUUUUAACAAGUUAGAGUGACAUAAUACAUCCUUCCUGCACAAAGUUUAGACUUUGUAUUAGUGACCAUUGUGUGUUUUGUAAGAAAUCUGAGUUUAGAGAAGUAGCUGCAGUUUGAGGAAGUGCCUGCUGUCACUCUUAAUAUCCAGUCUAUAGCUGUUGGUUCUCAUAGUACAACACACUAAAGUGAAACAAGUCACAGGACAACACACACAGGCUUUAGCGUUCUUUAUACUAACUUCACAAUGGCCAGAAGGUCCUUCAUAUACAUCAAUCCAGUUGUUAGGGCAGCACGUCAGCGUAGACGACACAGUGAUAAUUCAGAUUUAUUUGCAAUGAUUGAGCAGAUGCAGAACAGCAGAAUGGAUGAGCAGAGAGGCACACUUCCACCUCCUCUUAAAACAGAAGAAGAUUAUAUUCCGUAUCCAAGUGUUCAUGAGGUGCUGGGACGUAAAGCCCCAUUUCCACUGAUUCUGUUGCCUCAGUUUGGUGGUUACUGGAUUGAGGGAACCAAUCAUGAGAUUUGUACCAUCACAGCAGAGGAGGAGACACCCUCAUGUCCAACAUCCCAGAUUAAACUGGAGAGUAAUACCAUAGCCAAAAUAUAUAGGAAACAUUUCUUGGGCAAGGAGCACUUUAAUUAUUACUCUGUGGACACAGCGCUGGGCCACCUUGUCUUCUCAGUGAAGUAUGACGUGAUUGGGGACCAAGAGCACCUCCGAUUACUGCUUAGGACAAAGUGCAAAACCUACCAUGAUGUGAUACCCAUUUCAUGCCUGAAUGAGUUCCCCAAUGUGGUACAAAUGGCAAAGCUUGUGUGUGAAGAAGUAAAUGUGGACAGAUUUUAUCCAGUCCUCUAUCCAAAGGCUUCCAGACUCAUCGUAACUUUUGACGAACAUAUCAUACGCAACAACUUCAAGUUUGGAGUCAUCUAUCAGAAGUUUGGGCAGACAUCAGAAGAGGAGCUUUUUGGGAACAGUGAGGAGAGUCCAGCCUUUAUUGAGUUCCUGGAGUUUUUGGGGGAGAAGAUUGAGCUACAAGAUUUUAAAGGGUUUCGUGGGGGUCUGGAUGUUACACAUGGGCAGACGGGAACAGAGUCGGUGUACCACAGGUUCCACAACAAGGAGAUUAUGUUCCAUGUGUCCACCAAACUACCCUACACUGAAGGAGACUCACAGCAGCUGCAGAGGAAGAGGCAUAUAGGAAAUGACAUUGUGGCUAUCGUGUUUCAAGAGGAAAACACACCGUUUGUACCAGAUAUGAUUGCAUCCAAUUUCCUGCAUGCUUAUGUGGUGGUGCAAGUGGAGAAUGCCUGCACAGACAAUGUCCUUUACAAGGUAUCAGUUACUUCAAGAAAUGAUGUGCCCUUCUUUGGUCCUGCUCUCCCAGACCCAGCCAAUUUCAGAAAAAGUCCAGAGUUCCACGAGUUCCUCCUGACAAAACUCAUCAAUGCUGAGUAUUCCUGCUAUAAGGCUGAGAAGUUUGCUAAGCUGGAGGAGAGAACACGCUCUGCACUGCUGGAAACAUUGUACGAGGAGCUGCAUGUGAACAGCCAGUGCAUGAUGGGAUUGGGAGGAGAUGAUGAAAAACUGGAGAAUGGAGGAGGAGGUGGAGGUGGAGGUUUCUUUGAGUCUUUUAAGAGAGUAAUUCGCAGUCGGAGUCAGUCUAUGGACGCUAUGGGCCUAAGCAACAAGAAGCCCCACACUGUCUGUACCAGCCACAGCGGCAGCUUUACCCAUAAUUCCCCAGAUAUCCCCAAAACCCCCGGCAUUUCUCUGAUCAUCCCCGGUAAGAGCCCGACACGAAAGAAAUCGGGUCCGUUUAGUUCCAGGAGGAGCAGUGCAAUCGGCAUUGAGAACAUUCAGGAAGUCCAAGAGAGAAGUAGGGAGGUGUCUCCCAGUGCGCAAAAGGUACCUGAUGGUGGCCAUGCCUUGCACGAGCCAAAUACUGACUUUUCCAAUCACAGUUCACCUGAUAUGCCUACUACCAGGACUAGUGCGGCCCUAAUCUGUAGAGCCCCCUCAAUUCCGGAGACUCACAGUCUGUCUAGGUCCUCGUCCAAUGCCAGCAGCUUCACAAGUGUGGUGGAGGAGAACGACCACGAGCAUGAGGCUACGGAUGAUUAUGACACAGGACUGGAAAGUCUGUCUUCUGCUGGUACCCCUCACAAGCGGGACUCAUUCACAUACACCAGUAGUUGGUUUGAUGAAAGUCUAAGCAGCACUAGCCAACGCAGCCCACCAGCUGUCUCUCGUCAGCUGUCUGACCCCAUUCGGCCCAGAACACAACGACAACACUCUGCUUCAAACUGCUAGACUUUCCCCCCAGAUUUCUUCAUGAAUGUCCAUCGGCAGUACUCCCAUAGGCAGCUCCUAAAGAAACUAACGCCGGCUCCUGUAGAGACCCGCUGCAGAAGGAGAGCUGUCAGUCACAGGGCCUGUUGCCACGAAUUUCUUGUUUUGAGGGCUUGCACCAUUUUGUUUGCACCAUGCGACUGAACAUGCUUUUCAGAAUGCCUUUGGGCCUAAGAAGGUUAAGUUUGCUGUCUGUUAAACAGGUGCCGAUAGUAACAGCCUUAGGAGUGCAUUCUUAUGGUUAUUUGUCUGCCUGCAAUACCAUGACAUUAUUUUUCUGUUUCUAUCUGUCUGUGACUCGUUUUGUGUUUUAUGUGUCAUUAAGCACAACACAGAUUACUGGUGGCUCUAAUUUUGUCUACUUCUUGUUGGUGUGUAUUUAUUUAUUCAGAAUCGUAACAGCAGGCAGUCUGUCAGUCACAGGGACACAGCAGCCUAAGGAAAAUGACAUCCUUAAAGAAUUAUUCAAAGUUUCAAAUUCAAGUACAGCAGAACUGAACAUACUUUUGUGCAACAAAACACACAUGUAUGAACACUUACAGCAGUGCACCAGAAUUGUACAUAAGCUGUUCUUUUUUUUUUUUAUCAAAAGUACAUUUUGUAUUAUUUUCAUCAGUUUUGUGAUAUAUAUAUAUUUAUAUAUAUAUAUAUAUAUAUAUAUAUAUAUAUAUAUAUAUAUAUAUAUAUAUAUAUAAAUGGUAUCUGUUGUUAAUUGAAAUGACUUGUGCUGGAAUAUACAAAUCAUUUACUAUCUUGGCAGGUGAGUAAUUGUUUCUAACAAGUAAUGCUAUGUAUAAUGUUAUACUAUUUAUUUCAUUUUUAAAAAGUAUUUAUGAGUUUUUAUGCACAUUUUCACAACUUAUUGUUAUUUGCAUUGGGAACAAGUUCAGACUUUUAGAUUGUGAUGGAUAUAGUGUGUAGUUACACACACCUGACCCUUUGUAACUGCAGAGCACUUGAGGUUCACUAUUCACUGUGCUGUCUACUGUGAGACGUUUUCAAGUUGCCUUCUAUAGCUUUAUGUGCUCUGUGUGAAAUCCUACUGAAUCCUGCAGAAAGCACCAGUAACAUUUAAAUGUACUGUAUAUAAUAACGCAAUUGAGUAAUUAUAUGAUUUUCAGUAAAUGACAAUAAAAUGAUUAAACAAUCA